AUGGCGGCGGCCGAGGACGACGAGAGACGCGACUCCAGCCCGCCCGCGAAGCGGCGGAGGGGGCAAGCCGAGCUGCUGGUGGAGAGGCGGCUCGCGGAGGAGGGUGGCAGUGUUUCAGUUGGAGCCGCUGGUACCGGAGGGAGGGCUGCCUCGGCACCCGCGAGGCGCGUGACUUCCACACCACCUUUUGCGCCAGCUUUGGUCUUGGGCGCUCUCGGGGCGGCGGACGUCCCAGGCAUCGCCGAGGCGCCUGGUUUUCCGUCGCCGGUGGUUUUGAAGCUUCGGGAUGCACUCCUGAUGCUGUUGUGCCAACUCGCCGUGCUCCGAGAGGGGUGA